AUGGCAACUCCGUCCAAGUGGAAACGCCCGCGCAUCGCCGAACAUUUGUGUGGGGAUAUUUUUUCGCAUUCUCUGCCUCACGUAUCACGUCUCAUCGACGAGUUUCUCAUUGAAGGGCUCCACUCGGACACCCUGAAAGAGGCGUGCGAGCAAGGAGCUCCAGUGUCGGAUCUAGACUUCGUUCUCGCGAGAUGCGCUCCAUCGUGGGACGACGUAGUCAAGUCUGCAGCCAAAGGUGGGUACGUGCACGUGUUCCAAUGGAUGGAAGGGCUGGAGAAUAUGCGUGGGCCAUGGGGCUUUGUCGACGGAUGGGAGGGGGCCUCCAAGUACGGCCAUGUCGACGUCGUGAAGUGGAUGUACGAGCGUGGCUACCCGUGCAGGGACGCUAAAGAAGCGAUGCGCUGUGCUGCUGCAAACGGUCACUUUGAAGUGGUAAAGUUCUAUCACAAAAAAUUAGAAUUCGUGGCGGGAUCUGCAGCGUCAGGAGGACAAUUUGAAGUGCUUCGGUGGCUACAAAUGGCUGGAGCGAGCUUGGAUCACGUUUUCAAAGACGCAGUUCGAGGCGGCUGUAUGAAUUGCGCCAAACUGGUGUGUGAAGAGAGUACACAACCCCCUGCUAAGGAUGUUUCAAUAUGGGCGGCAAUAACGGGAAAGCUAGAGAUGAUCAAGUGGCUGUACGAAGAAGUACGCGCUCCAUUCGACAAUAACACAAUGGAUACUGCUGCUUCUCAUGGCCACCUGGAUGUGGUUAAGUGGCUGCAUGAGAAUCGUUUCGAAGGAUGCAGCACCGACGCCAUGGAUGGAGCAGCACGAUAUGGUCACCUUGAAACAGUGAAGUGGCUUCACCACAACCGAUCUGAAGGUUGUACGAUACGUGCGAUGAAUGAAACCGCUGCAAAUGGACACCUUGAGGUGGUAAAAUGGCUGUCUGCAAACCGGUCUGAAGGCUGUACAAAGUACGCGAUGGAUCCGGCCGGUGGUGGUCACCUCGAAGUAGUACAGUGGUUGCACGAGCACCGCUCGGAGGGCUGUACAACAAAAGCGAUGGAUGCAGCCGCGAAGAAUGGCCACCUCCAAGUCGUGCAGUGGCUACACACCAACCGCUCCGAAGAUUGUACGGCAGAGGCUAUGAAUCGGGCUUCCCAAAAGGGGCACCUAAAAAUUGUGCGCUGGCUGGGUAAAAAUCGACCUGAAGGUUGCACUAAAUGGGCCUUCAGUUGCGCAGCGUCCAAAGGACACCUCGAAAUUGUCAAGUGGUUGCAUGAACACCGAGCCGAGGGAUGUACGACAAGGGCGAUGGAUACAGCAGCGGCUCACGGCCAUCUACAAGUCGUGCAGUGGCUACAUACCAAUCGAAGCGAGGGCUGUACGGUAAAAGCCAUGAGCUGGGCCGUGGAAUUCGGCAACCUCGACGUUGUCCGGUGGCUGCACGACAACCGAUCAGAAGGU